AUGAUUAAACUUUUACUGGAUCCAGAUUUGGACUCCUCAACUCGUACAAAUAAAUCUGUUGGUGUUUGGAUUUUUUGUUUUAAUCUGGAUGUGAUCACGAUUUCCGAGAUCACACUCCUUACAAUUUCCGCUACGAGAUUAACGAACUACCAACAUGUGUGUUCCACAUUUGAUGACAAACAAUAUUUAUUGCGCGACUUGCCAUUGCUGCUAAAUUGGACUCUUGAAGAUGCUGAAGUCAGCGUAAGUUCCACGUUACUUGCGGUUAGUCGCAUUUCCAUGGCCAUGAAUAAAAUUCACAUACAUACAUGCAUACAGACAGACAGACAUACGCACACUGGUCCACCAUCGAAAAUAGCCUGCCUGUUUCUGAACCGCGAAAAUAGACUGAAAAUUUCAGUAUAG